GAUUAACUUACAGAUGAGUACUAAUACAGAGCUAUUGCAGAAAAAGACAGAAAUAUUUGUAAACAACUAAUCGUUUGACACAAAUGUAAAGUCAUUUGUUUGGAUCAGUUAAUUGAAUACAUAAUUAGGUUUUCCAUUACUUCUUGAAUAUUGUUUUAGUAAAGUCUACACACAAUGGUGUCGACGGGAGUUAAUUAUACAAAACUGAAGACAAACCUCCGAUUGUCUAUAAAUCGGCUGAAAUUGUUGGAGAAGAAGAAGACAGAAUUGGCACAGAAGUCGCGCAAAGAGAUCGCCGAUUAUAUUGUUAACGGAAAGUAUGAGAGGGCGAGGAUCAGAGUAGAGCACAUCAUUCGCGAAGACUAUAUCGUUGAGGCCAUGGAGUUGGUCGAGAUGUACUGCGAUCUAUUGUUGGCCCGAUUUGGACUCAUUCAACAAAUGAAGACAUUGGACGACGGCUUAGCCGAAGCCAUAUCAUCGAUGAUUUGGGUGGCGCCCAGACUACAGACAGAUGUACAGGAGCUGAAGGUCAUAUCGGAUCUGUUGACCUAUAAGUACGGUAAGCCCUACGCACAGGCGUGUCGUGAGAAUGCAUUGAAGACCGUAAACGAGAAACUAAUGAUCAAAAUGGGAGUACAGGCGCCGCCAAAGAUAUUGGUUGAGAAAUACUUAAUUGAGAUUGCCAAAAGCCAGAACGUCCCGUACGAACCCGACGCCGAUGUUCUCAGAGAAGAUGAGGUUUAUUGCGGUGAAGAGGCAAUUAAUAGACAAAAUCAGUGUCUUAUAGAUUUGGGAGGCGGUGCCCAUAACAACGGAUUUCCUUCAUUUCCCCCAUCGGGUCCUUCACAAGGUGGAGGAGGAGGUGGCGGAGGAAUGGGUGCUUACGUUCCACCACCAUUGCCUUCAGUCCCACCAAGUGCUCCCUAUCCAUCGAUGCCAAAUACCAAACCAAUUGGCUUUAAUUUUGAGAACAACAACACUCACCCACCUGUUAAACCAAUGCAUUCUGAAUUACCCCCUAAUUAUGAAUCAGUUAUGCCAUCCAAUGACAAGAAAAUGGRUCCAUCCGUUCCGAAACCUGUUCCUCGGUCUAACCAAAACUCUGGAGCAAAGCCUAAUCUGAAUGACUCAUUCCCAGAGCUACCAUCUGUACCGAGCGGUAAUUUGCCGGACAUUCCUACAGACGAUCCGAAUGGCUCAUCAAAAGACAAUGAAAUAGAUUUCGAUGAUUUGACAAAAAGAUUUGACGAUUUAAAGAAAAGAAAAUAAAUUGAUUGAUUGAUUGAUAAAAAUUUAUUUAUGAAUUAAGUUUAAAGCAUUCAAAUCAAAUUUUUAUAUAUUUAUAAAUUCAUAAAUAAUUUUAUCAGUAUUAUGAUUGUAAAGGAU